AAAAAAUCUUCGACGUGCACAGUCAAGAAUUGACGCUCAACUUGUCCGACAAACAAUUCCCAUUGGUCGUCCUCUUUAUGCAUGAACAUAUCCUCCAAUCAGACCCGAUAACCGGACACUCCGGACGAACAGGGUGCUGCUGAUGCGUGAAGUGCACGCCCCCGAAACAAGACGCACACGAGACCGCGCGUUCACGCACAAAGGCUGGGCGGACAGGCAGCGGAAGAUCUCGGCGUUUGGACACCACUAGGGAACAGAAAAGAAGGUGAGGAACUCAUGCCUGGCAGGCGACAUAAAGACCUUCUCGUCUUCGUGAGACAGUUGAUGUUUUUGUGUGUGUGAUAAUAAACAGCUCGGCCCUUUAGAGCUUCUAGGCUCUGACUUAUACCUUGAUCAUGGCAUAAUCGUUUAUAAGUUCACGCCUCUUCUGUGUCACUGGAGAACUCGAACAUAAUCGAAUGAUUAAAAUUGACUGAUAAGUGUUUAAAGUCAGCGUUGACAUGUUUUGUGCCCCCCCCCCCCUCGCCCGGUCCUGUCCUCCAUGUUGGCGAACUUUUACAUCCAACUUCUCAUCGAUUGCAUGGCAAACCAACCCGAACGCUGUGAUCGAUGCACACCUUGUCUUCGCCUUCCCUCAAUGCGGGCAGUCUGAUCUCCCCUAUUUAAAGUGGUUAACCUGUUGAUGGGGGGCUGAAAGCGGACCUAUACAGGUGUGUGAGGAAUGUCAGGUGGGCGGCCGGGUUGACCUGCCAGCUUUUAGAGGACGAGUCCUGUCCGGCAGGCGUCCUUGUGUCAAUGGUUUUUUUCACCUUCACUAGUCUUACCUGUUUCUCAACGGGCUGUUGUCGCUGUGCAAUCGAAGCCAUGAAGUAAUGAGGUGGGAGGAGGUUUGUUAACGUUUUUGUAUUUAUUUAUUUCGCUUUUUUCGUCAUGUGAGCGGCUGUGAGUGAAUGUAUCAGACUUUGCUCUUUGACGCCUGGCUUACUCCACAUGCUCCCCUGCUGAGGCCUCCGGGGACGAGGUUAAUGUAACCCUGAGCAGGCUCUCUCCCGGUCUGACUGCUCUCAGAGAUUAACGGGCGAUUGCUUCGGUAUGCUGUUUAGGUGUAAACACACCAGAGUGUGUUCAACACGCUUCCUGCUGCCGUUCGGAUCCUUCCCGUCAAAAGAUGUCCUUUGUCAGUGAUCAACUCUACAAUGGCUACAUCAGGACCCACAUGUCUGAGAUAGUCAGCAAGGUCAAAGUGAGAGAGAUCAUCCCUCACCUGCCCUGCCUCACCCUCUCCGACCGGGAGGAGGUCGAGGCGAAGCGGGAGCACAAUGGGAACUUCAACGCCAUGCAGCUGCUGCUGCAGAGCCUCCACCGGCGGGAGAACUGGCCCGAGCAGUUCAUCGCCGCGCUGGUCGCCUGCGAGCACCGCAGCAUGGCCGCCGAGAUAGUGGCCGAGUACCGCCGCCUGAAAACCCCACGCCGCGAGUCUCCGCCCCCACGCCGCGAGUCUCCGCCCCCACGCCGCGAGUCUCCACCACCCAGCUAUGAGUCUCCGCCCCCCAGCCCUCCCAAAGCAUCCACUGUCGUCAUGGCAACCGUCCACUCCCCCCCUGCCGUCAGCCCAUCGGACCCCACUGGGGCCUCCUCCUCCUCCUCCUCCUCCCUCCCGGAGCCCCCUGAGGCACCGUGGGCCCAGACAGCCCCGCUCCCCAAGGCUGGCGCGCCGGACCCCCGGGGGCCGUCCACCCCUCCGACCCCCGUGUCGCCGCCGGCGACGCUCCCCGCCCGCCAGGAGCCGGAGGAGAACUCGGAGGAACCCAGGGAGUGGGUCGGCGCGGCGGUCGGCUCCGGCUUCACCGCCGUCGACGGAGCCGGUCGUGAGGUCCCAGCCCAGACAGGAAGUCCCGCCCCGACAGGGAGUACCGCCCCGACAGGAAGUCCCACCCAGCCGGAGUCCAUGGUAACAUGGCGGAGCGGCGAGGAGAGCGGGGACGACGACUCGUCUGGGGUCGGAGACGGCUCGUUUGCGAGCGGAGACGACUCGUCUGCGUGCGGAGACGACUCGUCUGAGGAGGAUCUGGAGUCCGCCUCCUCGACCCUGACCCCGGAGAAGCUUCCGGUACAGGAGAGCGCCCCUCCGCAGGUCCAGAGCUCCGUCCCGCUGGCCACGGCGCCCCCGGUGGCGGGGUUGAACCGCCCGGACCCCCGGGGGCCCCACCCAGACGACCACCCGGGCCGGCUCCGCGACGAGGACGAGGACGACGUGUGCCUCAGCAAGCCCGGCGCGCUGCUCAGCGUGCGGCCCGACGCCGACCGCCACGCCGCCGCCGCCACGCUGCCCACCGCCGCCCUAUCGGCGCCGCCGUUCUCCGGGAACGACAUCAGCCUGCAGAUCAGCGACCCCGCGCCGGAGGGUUCCGGAUCGCCUCCCCGCGGGGACCCUUCCGUCUGCGGGUCCCUGGCCUCCUUCGCCGAGGGCGAGGCCCAGGAGGUGCUGGAGCACGUGGGCCACGUGACGGAGGAGCCAUCCGUCCAGAACCUGGCCAGCCCCGCCGCCGCCGCCGCCGCGCAAGGCAUUCUGGGAAAUGCAGUCCGCGCACCCCGAGACCCCUGCUGGGACGAGAGGAACGAAGGUCAGCGUGAAGCUGCGGCCCCGAGCCGGUCCUCUUCGUCAUCACCAGGGUGGGGGAGCGGCGGACGCGAGCAUCAGGUCCUCAACGGUAAACCCUCCCCUGCCGUGGCCCAUGAGCAAGCUCCGUCCCGCCAGCCGCCGGCCGGGGGCAGCCUGCCGCCGGUGCCGGAGAAGGAGGUGUCCGUGGUCGUCGUGUCCUCCAGGACUAAGUACGCGGUGACGGUCGCGGGGGUGGCGGCGUGCGCCAUGCUCGUGGCCUGGAGGCUGAAGCAUUAAACCCGGCCGUGACUCCGUGUGAGGGAGAGAUCACGUGAUCAGCGGUGUCUGGAGCCGGAUCUCAAAGGUUGCGUUCACUGGAGGCGCGGUGGGACAACGUGGGCGACUGCAUUGGGCCGCCACCCCCCCCCCCCGCGCCUGAAAUAACGGCGCCACUGUCGCCAUGGCGAUAUGGAGUGGGUCGC